UUCGUAGACGGUGUACGUCAAACUCGUAAACAAACCGUGUAGGGCUAAUUUCCAGUAUUUCCAUCAAGUAAUACCUCCAUUUAUCAAUUGAUAACGUUGUAACGCUAACGUCUCCAUCGAGUUCUCUCGGACUGGAACUGCAGCACGAUGGAAAGUGUCUUCAUUAACCUGAACAACGUUCAAACAAAUGUUUUAACAUGGGGGGACCCCUUCGACUCGAAGAACUCUGAUGUGAUUAUCUGUAUCACUGGAAAUCCAGGAAUCCCACAUUUUUAUGAAGAGUUUGCUACGGAAUUAAAUAAAAGCACUAGCCUUCCAAUUUGUGUAAUUGGUCAAGCGGGGCACGUGGAGGUGCCCGAGGAGAAAUCGAACGUUCUCGAGCGCCGCGAGCACUUGUUCAAUUUGGAGGCGCAAGUUCACCACAAACUAGACCUGAUCGAUAAAAUAGAUAAGCGCCGUAACAUACACUUGAUCGGUCACUCUAUAGGCGCGUGGCUGAUUCUCGAGGCGAUCAACAAACGAGAGAGUUUGAUAGACAGAAUAUGCUCCAUCAACCUGCUGUUCCCGACCAUUCAGAGGAUGGCCGAGUCUCCGAACGGUAAAAAACUGAACGGCAUCGUGAGGAGAUUGCACUUUGUUGCUAUCCUCCUCUUUACAUUAAUCCACUCUCUGCCGGAUACCGUUCAACGGUUUUUGGUGGGCGCGUAUUUGAAGUUGAACCGUCUGCCUCCGCACUACGAUGAGAGGAUACUGAAAUAUCUUCGGCCGCGGGUGGCGGAGAAGGUGUUGCACAUGGCGUACGACGAGAUGGACCGCGUGGUGGCGCUGGAGGGCGUCAGCGGAGCGCUCGCGCGAACUAAACAGAUCACCAACGUGGUGUACGGGUCGAGGGACGGCUGGGCGCCGGCCGCGUACAUGGAGGACCUGCGCCCGUACCAGCCCGAGCUCCAGAUGAACCAGGUCCACAUCGACCACACGUUCGUUUUCACCUCGUCCGAGAAAGUAGCACAGUUAGUUUCAGAUUAUAUAAAGCCAAAAAUUAAAUCAUGUUAAUGUUAAAUGAUCUAGGCAAGGGUUAGUAAAUUGUGUCGGUGAUAGCGAGGGUGACAGGGUAUGUAGGUAAUUGAAAUAUAAUAUGAGAUAUGUGCACUUUAAUUUAUUAAAAAUGUAAAUAUAUAUAAUAGGUACCUGUUAUGUCACAUUACAAGUAACACUAGAUAAUAAUAACUAUUAAAAAUUAUUUAUAAAUCGUA